CUGUUUUAAUUUGUUUUCUCCACAUUCGAGUUUUCUGUGUAGAAGUAAUCUGGGAAAUGUUUGAAGAUAAUAACAACUUCGGCUAAGCUGCCAUUUUUUUUUUUUGCAUUGACAUGGCAUUCUAUGCCAGAGUUUUUGAGUGUUGAAUGUAGUUAUCCAAUUUCUUCCUUUAAAAGGAACCUGGGAAAUGUUUGCAGAUAACAACAACCCAGGCUAAGUUAAGCAUGCCAUUUAAUUGUUUGUGCGUUGGCUUGGCAUCAUAUGCCAGAUAGAUGGAUAAUAAAGAUCAUAAAUGUGUGCUCUAUGGAGUAAUGUUUUCAUUAAAUUUUCUUUCUGAGAUAACUAUGGCAGAUAGAUUUUGAUUGGAUUUGCAUAUGAUGGUAUUUGGAGAAUGAAGAUUGACAGAAUCUGACAGGUUUCUGUAGCAAAUAAAUUUGUUACUGUGAAAUUUAUUUGCUUCCUAGUUUAGCAUGCCAAGGUUAACCUGUCCUUUUCCCUUAAUGGAAGUUAUAAUAUAGAUUAGUUCAUGAAUAAAUUGAGAAUAUAGAGUCCUAAUUUUCCCAUGAUAGUCUCUGCUUCCAAGUGAAUUGGGUGAGAGUGGAAAUACAUCUCCUUUCGCUUGUGCUUUCUGUACUCAAUGGCAUCUGCAUCUUUUCUCUUAUUAUGGACGACUCUUGCAUUUCUCUUCAGUUCACCACUGCUGCCUACUUUGGGUCUUGGCAAUCUGGGUGGCCCAACCCAUCAAAGACAUGAUGUUGUGGCAAGCCAUGGUGUUGUUGCUACUGAUGAUGGCAGAUGUUCCAGAAUUGGGAUGGAUGCUCUUCGUGAAGGUGGUCAUGCAGUUGAUGCUGCUGUCGCCGCAUCUCUUUGCUUGGGAGUCGUGGGACUAGCGUCAAGUGGUAUGGGGGGAGGAUCCUUUAUGUUGAUCUUGCUAGCUAGCGGAGAGGCACAAGCCUUUGAUAUGAGAGAAACUGCCCCUAUGAAAGCUUCCGAGGAUAUGUAUGCUGGCAAUGCUACUAAAAAAGCUAGAGGUGCGCUCUCAAUAGCAGUUCCAGGGGAACUUGCUGGUCUUCACAGAGCUUGGAGAAAGUAUGGAAGGCUUCCAUGGAAAAGGCUUGUAAGGCCAGCUGAGCAGCUUGCUUGCAAAGGAUUCAAAAUUUCACCGUACCUUCAUAUGCAGAUGGUCAAAACAGAAUCAGGGAUUCUGGCUGACAAGGGGCUUCGAGACUUGCUUACAUCCAAUGGCAAACUUUUGCAACCAGGAAAUAUCUGCCACAACAAGAAACUAGCACACACACUCAGAAAGAUAUCAAAGCAUGGCAUAGAGGCCUUCUAUAACGGAUCAAUAGGAUCCAAAUUGGUUAAGGAUAUCCAGAAGGCUGGAGGGAUCUUGACAAGAGAGGAUUUGCGGAGAUAUCAAGUUAAAAUGCGAGAUCCAAUCGUUGCUGAUAUUCUAGGCUUCAAAAUACUUGGAAUGCCCCCUCCUUCUUCUGGGGGUGCUUCAAUGAUGCUCAUUUUGAACAUUCUUGCCCAAUACGGAGCCCCUUCUGGCAUUUCGGGCCCUCUUGGGAUCCAUCGAGAAAUUGAAGCUCUAAAACAUGCAUUCGCUGUUAGAAUGAAUCUUGGUGACCCUGAUUUUAUCAAUGUCACUGAAGUCGUAUCCGACAUGCUGUCUCCCAAAUUUGCUGAAAUGUUAAAGAAAACCAUAUAUGACAAUAUGACUUUUGAUCCUCGUCAUUAUGGUGGCAGGUGGAACCAGAUCCAUGAUCACGGCACCAGUCAUAUUUCAGUUGUAGAUAUUGAACGAAAUGCUGUCUCCAUGACCAAUACUGUGAACGCAUAUUUUGGUUCGAAUAUACUGUCUCCGAGUACGGGAAUACUCCUAAACAAUGAAAUGGAUGAGUUCUCCAUCCCCAUGAACAAUGGAGACGUUCCACCUCCAGCACCUCCCAAUUCCAUCCGCCCAGGGAAGAGGCCAUUAUCAUCCAUGACGCCUACUAUCAUUUUGAAGGAUGAGAAACUGAAAGCCGUGGUAGGUGCAAGUGGAGGAGCCAUGAUCAUUGCUGGGACUACAGAGGUUAUCUUAAAUCAUUUGAGGGGCAUGGAUCCACUCCAUUCUGUGCUUGCUCCAAGAGUUUAUCAUCAGCUGAUACCUAACGUGGUGCAGUAUGAGAAUUGGACGACACCAUAUGGUGAACACUAUGAAGUUCCUGCUAAUGUCAGAACAUUCCUUCGUAAACGGGGCCAUGUCCUACAGAGCCUUGCUGGUGGGAGUAUUUGUCAAUUCAUUUUUGUUGAUGCAGAAACUAGCAGGAAAAAUAAAGGUAGGGGUGAGCUAGUGGGUGUCAGCGACCCUAGAAAAGGAGGUUUUCCUGCUGGCUAUUAAUAUGGUUAGGUCUGUUUACUUCCCUAAUAGAAUGAUUCAAGCGCUAAUAGGCAAAGGUUGAAAUAAAAUAAUUGUGUUGAAUAACUUCGGACUGAUUUCUUUGGUGGAUAGCAGCAUGUGCCCUGGAUUUUUCAAUUUUGUAGUUCAGAACGAACCAAAAUUUGCUUAAAGAAUAAAAAUUGGAACUUUUAUCUGCGA